AGCCGCAGCCGAGGCCGAGGCGGCCGCCGGACCGCCCGCCGUUCGCCUAAAUUCAAUCUCUCUCUCUUAAGCCCGCCCCCCAGCCGUUGAGUUCGAUCGUUUUGCUUGAAGUGGCCGUGCCCGACGCUCGCCCUGCAGGAUGGGGAAACAGAAUAGCAAACUGGCCCCCGAAGUGAUGGAGGAUCUGGUGAAGAGCACGGAGUUUAAUGAACAUGAACUCAAACAGUGGUAUAAAGGAUUUCUAAAAGAUUGUCCGAGCGGGAGGCUGAACCUUGAAGAAUUUCAGCAGCUCUAUGUAAAGUUUUUCCCAUAUGGAGAUGCCUCCAAGUUUGCUCAGCACGCAUUCAGAACCUUUGACAAGAACGGAGACGGCACCAUUGACUUCAGAGAGUUCAUCUGCGCCCUGUCCAUCACUUCCAGGGGUAGCUUUGAACAGAAACUAAACUGGGCCUUCAACAUGUACGACUUGGACGGGGACGGAAAGAUUACAAGAGUGGAGAUGCUGGAAAUUAUAGAGGCCAUUUAUAAAAUGGUGGGCACGGUGAUAAUGAUGAAAAUGAAUGAAGACGGCCUCACACCGGAGCAGAGGGUAGACAAGAUUUUCAGCAAGAUGGAUAAGAACAAAGAUGACCAGAUUACACUGGAUGAGUUCAAAGAAGCUGCAAAGAGCGACCCUUCCAUUGUACUACUCCUGCAGUGUGACAUUCAGAAAUGAGCGCCUAUAUAUGCAUUACGGACUGCACAGAAGUUUCAAUGUUCCAUUCGGUCUGCAGCUAUUUCCACACACACAAAAAAAAUUGCUUGGACUACCUAUAAAUGGACUUGCUUCUUGUGUUUGAAACACUUGUGUGCAUGAGAAUGUCAUUUGCUGAAGAAUUUUAAAAGUAUAUAUUAUAAAGAAACUGCCACAACGUGAUGUGUGCAACGUCAUUUCAUCAUAACCCUAGUUCUCCAAAGCCUGUCCAGCAGUACUGUGCUGCAGUAAAUUAUACAAUUUAUUGUUCAUGUUUUACUGAUGCUAGUAUGUGUCUCCUAGACUUAAGUAAUGUUAGUGAGCCUGAAUUCCCAUGGUAAUGUAAACUGUUAAUUAUUAAACCGUAUCACCAUUUUUCUGUGAAGUAGUUCUGGACAGACAAGAGGGAGUGAUCCUCGACACACGAGUCUGGUCCCCAUACAAGCGCUUGUAUUGUGAAUAUAAAUGUAUUUCGUUUGCAUGCCUUUUAGGUUUGCCUUAAUUCUUACCUCAUUUGCAUCCUUUCAAUCUGGAAAGCGAUAUCAGAGGAAUGCAGUAGAAACAAAAUUCAAACCCUAAAAAAAAAAUGCCCUUAAAGUAUAUAUAAACCUCUCUGUCUCUCUCGCUCUCUCUCUAUAUAGUCAUGCACUCUUACAAUAUUUACUGGGAGUAAGAACAAGUUUUAUUGGAAGUGUAUUGAUUUCUGCUUGAAUUUUCAAAGCUUCCAAAGGAGUUGCAAUAUAUGUCCCAAAUAAAUUUAUAACAUUUGACUUUU